UUUUAGACAAAAAGAAAAGAUGAGUACGGAAUCAAAAGCAAAACCUGACGAAUCCAAAAUGAAAAAAGCCAGCAAAGCAGCGGCAUACGGCAUGGAAACGGACACCAUGACGUUACAACGCUUCGUUCUUCGAAAUCAACGAAAGCAUCCCACAGCAACCGGUGAUCUUACUAAUCUCUUGACAUCACUACUUACUGCUAUUAAGGCGAUUUCAAGUGCAGUUCGAAAAGCAGGUAUUGUACGAUUGACAGGAUUAGCAGGCAAACAAAACAUACAAGGUGAAGAUGUCAAAAAAUUGGAUAUUAUUAGCAACGAAUACAUGAUCAACAUGCUUGAAUCAUCCUACACUACAUGCGCAAUGAUUUCGGAAGAAAAUGAUGAGCUGAUCAAAGUAGCCCCUUCUAAACAAGGUAAGUAUAUCGUGACCUUUGACCCACUGGAUGGAUCGUCAAACAUUGACUGCUUAGCAUCAAUUGGUACAAUUUUCGGAAUCUACAAAAAACAAUCGGAUAGUCCAGUUUCCACGGUUGAUUUUCUACAAAGUGGACGAAACAUGGUUGCAGCUGGUUACGCUCUGUAUGGUUCCGCCACUAUGCUCGUGCUUUCAACGGGAAGUGGCGUUAACGGAUUCACACUCGAUCCUAGUGUUGGUGAAUUCAUCCUAACAAAUCAACAAAUGAGAAUACCGCAAAAAGGUGAAAUCUAUAGUAUUAAUGAAGGAUAUACAUCUAAAUGGUCCAAAGGUGUCCAAGAAUACGUACAUACCAGAAAAUAUCCAUCAGAUGGUGAACCUAUGAAUGCACGCUAUGUUGGAUCCAUGGUUUCUGAUAUACACCGUACUUUACUUCAUGGUGGUAUUUUUAUGUAUCCUGCAAUGAAGGAUAAGCCAAUGGGAAAGCUUCGGCUUCUCUACGAAGGCAUUCCAAUGUCAUACAUCAUAGAAAAAGCUGGUGGAAUGGCAACGAAUGGAAUUAAACCCAUACUUGAUAUUGUGCCAACAUCAAUUCACGAUCGGAGUCCAAUAUUCCUUGGUUCUCCCGAUGAUGUACAGGAACUUAUGGAUUUCAUCAAGAAAUAUGAUUCAUAA